UCUUUAGAUCUUUACGUUGGUCUAAUCCUGUUAUAAAUUCAGUUCAUAAACCCAAAUUACCCUUUAAGAAGCCUCAUAUACGCAGCACCAAAGUUUUUUUUUUUUUUAGAAACUGACCGCCUUCAUUCAUAUUUUCUUUCUCAGUUCAUUUCAAUUUCGUAAGAUUUAAAAGUUUUUCGAAAUUCUGAAAGUCAUGAGUGAGACCUUGUCCUUAAUGACUGACACAUAAUUCUUAGUUAGUGACGCAAUAAUCGAUAAAGUGAAGUGAUGCAUGUCAUUAACAUUACACCGAAAGCCAAUGACAGUAACGCUCUCAGGCUAAUACAAGAACCAAUACAAAAGUGUGGGCUGUAUUUACUCACCUUAGUAAUAGGUAUGUAUUUAUCAGUACAUAACGUUAUUAUGCAAAACGUUCUUUACUGCAUUUCUGUUUCGAGUUCAAACGAGUUCGUGAAAAAUUUCAUCGUCACGUACACGGACCUAAAUUUCAAACAAAGCACCCACAGCCGGAUGUGAUUAAUCUGUAAGUUAAUGAUUCGUACUAACUUUGAAACUUUUGUCGCGUCAUUGAUCGACCGUAAUGAACUAUCAAGGUCUUCUCAACGCUUUGUUUAUUCUUGGUAUUGGUGCAUUAAGUGGAAUCACAAUUUCCUUCCGACACAAUGUUCAUGAAAGAAUAUUCAAGGACGGAGAAAUAAUUUUAGGUGGAAUGUUUCCCCUCCAUCUAACCAAGAACGGUAUGGGAUCGUCGUCAUCAUGUAAGGUUCUUCGCUCGCGAGUGUUACUUCUAUCAGAGGCUAUGAUAUACGCCGUCGAUGAAAUUAACAGAAAUGGCACAUUUCUUCAUAACGUUACGUUAGGCUACGACAUUCGCGACACGUGCGGUAACGAACAAGAAGGCAUUUCUAUAGCAUCGGAUUUUGUCUACGAGAAUGCGCUCAAACUUGACCCACGCUUCUCUGUAACAAACUCCUGUCGCGAGGGAGUCACGAAAUCAAAGGAAACUACUGUAGUAGCAGUCAUUGGGGGACUAGAUUCUCGAGUUUCCGUCAAUGUGGCAAAUGUACUCCAAGUACAAAAUGUACCGCAAAUAAGCUACGGGGCAUCAAGCGCUGAAUUAGCGGGGGCAGAGUUUACAUCGUUUUUUCGCACUGUUCCGGUCGAUACCUUCCAGUCACGAGCUAUGGCAGAACUGAUUGCGCACUAUAGGUGGACUUGUGUGGCAGUUAUUGGUGUGGAUGACUGGUACGGUCGCAGUGGCGUUGACGCUUUCGCUACCGCGGCUAACGAAACUGGAAUCUGCAUUGUGUUACAAGAACUGUUUCCUGUGCACGAUUCGGAAGCGCAAGUAAAGACCAUGAUCAGUCAACUGAAAAACAUGGAACAAGUUCAGAUUAUAAUAUUGUACAGUUUAUCACCUCAAGCGAUAAAGGUCUUUGAAGAAGCAGUGAGGCAAGGUUUGACUGGGAAGACGUGGAUCGCUAGUGAUGGAUGGUCGGAAUCUGCAUUGAUUCUUCAAUCUCGCUUUAAGCCGAUUAUACAAGGCGCCAUAGGAUUUGGGUUCCACACACAUAGAUUUGAAGAAUUCGAAAAACACGUCACAGAAAUGACACCUCUCUUGCGGAGGGGGUCUUGGUGGAAUGAAUUCUGGGAAAUGGAGUUCAAUUGUUCGAUACCUAAUUCGACACACACUCAGUUUAAACCAUGUUCAGGCCAAGAGAGAAUCACCCCGGAAAGAUACAAACGAGAUUAUGGCUACGCAGGUGUAGCGUAUGUGAGAGAUGCAGUAUAUUCAGUCGCGAAUGGACUGAGCGGGAUACUAAACUGUGACGCCCAGGGCCGCUCUUGCUCUGAGAGUUCUUCCUCACCCCGUCCCGAUGAUCUACUGGCAAGUCUUAAGAUGGUUUCAUUUACAGGGCUUACUGGCUAUAUUGACUUUAGAAAUGGCCGGGUUCAGGCCGCUUACGAUAUUUACAACCUUCAGGAGACCGAGGAGGAUGGGUUUAAGCUCGUCCAAAUUGGAACGUGGGAUGAACGAAAUGCGCAUGCGCAGAGACUUAGCCUACGAGAUGAUUUGGUGCAAUGGCACAGAGGUAUUAAACCGCGCACCACAUGCGGCGAUAUCUGUCCCGCUGGAACUUACAGAAGUAUUCCUAAUCAGUGCUUCUGGGAGUGUGUCCCGUGCGAUCGAGACACCUUCAGCGAGAGUUCAGGCAGCACCGAGUGCAAGACUUGUCCUGAAGGAUUCAUAUCCAAUCAAAAUAACACAAAGUGUGACGAAGUGCCUAUUGAGUACAUCGAAUGGCAUGAACCGUGGGGCGUAGCACUCUCUACCCUUACAGCAUUCUGCGUACUUCUUACAUUAGUUGUCCUGGCAAUCGUCUUGCAAUAUCGCAAAACGCCAAUAAUGAAAGAGACGGGUGGAUUUCUGAACGUUGCCCUCUUAGUGGUGGUACUUCUGUCGUUUAUUUUCAACUUAAUCCACCUCACCAAGCCUUCAGAUCUGGCCUGUCGCAUGCUUCCUCCUACAUUUUACGUGAUAUACACAGGUGCAGCCUUGCUACAAUUUCUUAAGGUUUAUCGCAUCCGCCUACUUCUGAAGCCACUCACAACGGCUACUCACGACAUGAAAUUGGUGUACAUAACCGUGGUAUCUCUGUGGGUUCUCCCGGUUUUUCUCACGCUCAUUUGGGUGAUUUCGGACCCUCCCAGAAAUGAAAAAUACAUUAUAUCGAGGUUAAUAAUUUACGGUACUUGCACACCUUACCAGACCAACGUUGGAAUGGCUUUACGUUACAUGGGUGCAAUUAUUUUAUCGCUAAUUCUUAUUGGCACUUUGGUGGUUGCGUACAGUACAAAACGUCUCCCACAUAAUCAGAGAUUUGACGAAGCCAAACACGUGGCGUUCUCGCUGACAAUGUUUGCCAUCACUUUUGCCACAUUUUACCCAGGAUGGUCCCUUAUAAAGGGCCCAGGUUUGACCGUUUUCGCAUGCAAGACCAAUUUAGUCGCCGCCACUGGAACAGUCCUGUGUAUUUUUGGGCCCAAGCUGUGGCUCAUAUAUCGCUUUCCCCGUCACAACACCCUAGCCUACGUUCGUCCUGCUCCUCAAUUAGAGACAAAAGAGAGAUCCACAACUUUGUUGUCGAUCGGGCGGGUUGCUGUCAGGAUAAGUGAUAGCCCCUCCGCAAGCCAAGGAUCAUCGAAGACGCCACAAGAGUCACCGAAGAUGCAACGAGGCUCGCCGAAGCUGCAACCUGGCGCGCCAAAGACAAGAAAAAGCUCUCCGAUAUUGAAAACACAAGAAGGCUCACCAAAGGCGCAAAAAGAAUCGCCGAAGAGUCAUGUAAAAUUUAAGUGAACUUUGCGGGAAAGCCAUAAUACUUUUAUUCGAUUAUAAAAAUGUUGUCACAUUUUGGGACACUCUUUAAAAACCAUUUGACAUGAAUCGAGUAGGUCAAAUUUGGCUAUAGGGGUCAACUACUUGUCGUUUGAAGUGAUGGAUGAGAUAUUUAUAAUAAUUCUAUUUAAUGAUUCCAAAAUUUUGGAUAUCUAUAGUAGCCUUAAAGCAAGAUAUCAAAGUGAUGGCUGACCUACUGAACACGCCCAGAGAGAUGUUCAAAAGGACUUUGUAAAAGGUUACAUACCUGACAAGUUAGGUAGUUUGUCAGGGAGAAAACAAGACCAUUAGCGGCAAAGAACGGGGGGCUACAGCCCCUAAAACCGAAAAAUUUAGGUGGGGGUGCUUGCCCACACAAAAUUAGCAUAACGCACCAUAAAAUCAGUUUGGCAAAAUAUUCAGUUGCGCAACCUUUUCAAGUCGCUUCAUCAAGAUCGUGAUGGUAAAAUUAUCUUAUUUUAGACUUUUUUUCAAUUUGAACAGCUCCAGUCUGUGCUCAUAAAGUGGACAUUAGAUAAACCUUGGUAAAUUUGAGUAGGGGUUUAUACUUGGUUCAGUACACAUGAUAAAAAAUAAGAAGGAACACAGACAGAGAAUCAGCCAUGUAGGCAAACUAGACAAAUAGUAUAGGA